AAUGUUUAUGUUUUAGAAUAAGAAUACAAUCAUUUAUAUAUAUAAACUCUCAUAUUAUAUAUAUAUAUAUAUAUAUAUGUGAAGUCUUGUAAAUAGCUAGGGUAAACUCAUCAAUCAGUUUUAAUUGAUGCCUUAGUACAAGCUUGAAAUAUCAAUCCAUUUCUCACGUCACCAGAUUACCAUAUUGCAGAUUGAAUAUCUAAAGGUGACCGAAGUACGGUUUGUAAGUUCUUGCAGAGCUCAAGAGUGUUUCAAGUAUUUCACGCUUGAUGCAGAAGCUGCAAAUAUUUGCUUGGAAAUAAUUCUCAAAUUAUGAGAUUGAUACAUUAAUUAUAAUUAAACACAUUAUACAAUCACGUCGAAUGCUGCUUUUGUUUCCCCACGAAAUGCUGGAGAAUGCGAAGAGGAGAGAAAAGUGGGAGCAAAUCCCACCUUUUAUUAACAUAUAAGGUGUAGCUGUAUGUGGUAGGGGGCUGUCGUAAUACGCGUUGAAACAGCACUCGAGCUUCUUCAAAUGUGGAUUCAUUUGCGUCACGUACGUAAGCUUUGCGAGUACUUUAAUUUUGCGUUAAUGAUCGUGCGAGUGCCGUUUUGAGUACGUGCCGAACACGUGUCGCGGUUUUGCGACCGGACGCGCACAUUUAAAAGAAAUUAAUCUGUAUUUUUAAAUACGUCACCACAUACGAAACAAUAUAUUCGUGUCAUCGUAAAACAAAAGCUUAAAAUAACAUUGCAAAAACUAGUUUCACGUGCUUAUCACCGUGCUUAUCACCGAGCGUAUUUGUUAUCUCCGGUUGAAUAUCGUUUGCACGAUUUUAAAUAAAUAGGUUGUUGAUAUUCGACUCGAAUAACUCGUUUUACAGUUUCAAGUCAACAGUCGGCCGGACGCGAGGGAAAUCAUGAGUGAGUUAGAAAUGAAGAAGUAAUAUGUGUUACGAUCACCGUUCCAAAUACCUCGCACUCAGCCACAUAAUCGCGGACAGAAUUGACAGGAUGUUGUUCAUAUUCGCGCUAUUUUUUUAUGUGAUUACCGUUCAUGGGUUCAUUUUUCAAGAAGCUCUGCAGGUCGCUAGAUGCCUGACGCUAUGCCGAAAUGAAUCAUGCCGGAAUAAUUGCCCAAGACCUGCGGACAAAUUUGCGCCUUAUCCGAAAAUAAACGAAGAGGCUGGCGCAAAUAUUAGUCUGCAUUGCAAGGGGUCAAAUGCGCUGAUGAUCAAACACAAUCCCGGAAUCUAUGUUAUCGAGCAGAGCGCUUCUAACGGCACUUCGGACACGACGAUAGUGAGCGUCAACGGAUUAUCGACAUUCUUGAACUUGACGGCGAGCACGUUUUAUCGUUAUCGUUUUCACAGAGUAACACAGCGCGGAGUGUCAUUAGCCGAGACGUCCGAUUGGUUUUCAACUUACGCAGUUGAUUAUCAACCACGCGCAGUUAAACACAUCUCACUACUGAAGAUCGAAGUGGAAGGAAAAAAUCCAUGCGAGCUACGAGCGGAAAUUGUUUUUCAGCCUGCCGAAGACCGAAGCUGUAACUACAAUAUAUUAUCUUGGUCAGGGGAACAUAACUUGAUCAAUUUUAAUAUGGAGAAGAUUUUAGACUUCCGCUUCUUUCUCAGACAUUUACGAUACAACCAAAAUAACACCGUGUCGGUCGUAUCCGGUAACGAUGACUUCUCCAAGACUAGCAAUACGACGACGUUCACUUUUCCCACACCAUCGUGCUUGGAAGUCCACAAUAACUUGAGUAUUUGCGCGCCCGAAAUGGUGAAUGGCCUGCGAGCAAAAUAUGUUCAAAGACACAAAGGAUCGUACGACAUCACAGUCAGCUGGAACGAGCCCGCUCUGCAGCCCGAUAAUUACACGUUACAAAUCGACUCGUUCCAGUUCGAACCGCAUCUAUUGGUUAUACCCGGAAAUGCGGUCGAAGCUCUCUUCUUGGACGUUGACGUAGGGCCACGGUAUGAUGUCAGUAUCGUGGCGGAGUCAGCAGGCGGUAUUAGUCUGCUCACAAGCAUAUCAGAGAGCAUCGAAAUAGCAGUUGUGGAAUUAUCUUAUCGCGAGAUCAUUGUGGCAUUACCGACGUUACUGAUAAUCGCGGUGGUGUUCGGGAUCAUUUGUAUGCAGCGUCGUAACAGGAAGAGUAAGCAAACUAAUAUGGAAUAUAUGCACUUCGAGGAUUCUACGGAUUCUCUGAAGAAGCCUUUGAAGCGAGACUACGCGAUCGAGACUGGCGAUGCUCUUCUGUCGCAUGAUAAGUUCGAGAUCAGUCCGCAACAACUGAAGUUGAAGGACGUAUUGGGCAGCGGGGCGUACGGUGUCGUCAGACUUGCUACCUUACAGGAUGAGUUCGGUAGUGUUACUGACGUAGCUGUGAAAAUGAUGAAAGAUGAUCCAACAGUGGAGGAUAUAAAGAGUUUCCAUCAAGAGAUUUCAAUAAUGAAGUCAGCCGGACAGCAUCCGAAUAUAGUUUCUCUGAUUGGAUACUGCACUUUGUACAAUAAACCUUUACUAGUGAUAGAAUACUGCAGCAAGGGAGACCUACAAACGUACUUAAGAAUGAUUUGGCAGAAUUUAGUGAACGCCGUAUUCGAGCGUAGGACGCGUUUGAAUUUCGUUCCAGUGACCUUCGUCAGUAAAGGCACAGAUCAAGGAAAAAGUGAUCCUUACUGUAACAAAGUACGCACCAUCACAAAUCGCUUGUACGAUAUUCAACAAGACGUGAUAAAAUACACGGAAAAUGUCACCUGUGCUGAUUUGCUAAGUUUUGGCAGGCAAGUGGCUACCGGAAUGGAAUUUUUAUCUUCUAAUCGGAUAGUGCAUCGUGAUUUGGCUGCUCGUAACGUGUUAGUACGACCGGACAGAGUGGUGAAAAUUUCAGAUUUUGGCCUCAGUCGUGAUAUCUAUCAAGAGAACGUUUAUCGAAAGAAAGGAAAUGGUAAACUGCCAUUAAAAUGGAUGGCGAUUGAGGCUCUAACGCAUCAAAUAUAUACAACUUACAGUGAUGUAUGGGCUUUCGGCAUUUUGUUAUGGGAAAUUGUCACUUUAGGCGCGAUGCCGUAUCCCGGUACUCCUACAAACAGAAUUUUGCAGCUUCUCAAGUCGGGAUACCGUAUGGAAAGACCACCAAACUGUGGCAGAGAAUUGUACAAUAUAAUGUAUUCGUGUUGGAAUCUGAGACCUCAAAGCAGGCCUACUUUUACCGAAUUGAAGCAAAGCUUGGACAAAUUACUCAGUAAUUAUUCGGAAAACAAAUAUUUGAAUUUGUGCGAAGUUCUGCAAGAAUCAGCCGAUGAAAGUAGCGAGCCAAGAUCAAUAAACGCGUGUUAA